AUGUACACGGUGGCAGUGACCGGUGGCGCCGGUCUCGUCGGGCGGUACGUUGUGCAGAGACUUCUGGAGAAUGAGCAAGUGGCCGAAGUUCGCAUCAUUGACAAACAGAGCACUUCGAGAGGUGAGCAGAGAGAGAGAGAGAGAGAAAGAGGAAGAGAGAAUGGGAAUGAGUUACAGGGGAGAAUCGGAAGAUCAAAGUGUACGUGCUGGAUGUAAACGAUCGGAAGCCGCUGGAGAAUGCACUUAGAGGCUGCGAUGGAGUCGUUCACUGUGCUCACGCUCCGUUUCCCGUCUUCUUCUCGAAGGAUAAAACGGAAGACGAGCAAAUGUGGAAGGACAAUCUGGACGGUAAGUGCUCCGGCCGUUUCUGGUCCCGAACCCGCGCAUUCCGUCAGCUUGCGAAUCUGUGGUCGACACGAUGACCGCCCUCGACAUCAAGAACCUCGUGAACAUUGGCUGUGCGUACUGCCCGAUCCCCAAUGAGGACAACUACGGACUGGCGCAAGACGUGUUUCUGUAAGUAUUCCUCUGGAAUCGUUCGCAUCCUCCGUUUGCAGUGAUUAUCCAAGAAACUACAUGCUGGACGAGUACGGAGAAUCCCGCACUCGGGGGGAAAUGUACGCGAGGAGGGCGGCGAAGAGGGGCCAGCUCAACGGAAUCUUUCUGCGGCCUGCUUUUGUGUACGGUCAGGGAAAGAGCCGGAAGAUUGAGGCGGUCAAGGAGCUCGUGCAAGAAGGAGCACUGCCGUUCGUGAACGGAGAGCGACGCGGCUUGCAUCAGUUUGUCAGUUUCCGUGCUCGGGGAGCAAGAUGACGUGCCCGCAUUUCAGAUCUACGCGGGGAAUUUGGCUGCAAUCGUCGAGAGGGCAUUCUUUGGCCUUCUUCGGAAUCCGGCACUGUUCAACGGGGAAAUCGUAUUUUGCAUGGACGAGAACUGCGUUCAUUCCAUGAGAGAUGUGAGGCCAAACCGUCAAUUUAGAAUCAAGAACCACUUCCUUUCUUUUUCAGUUCUUCGAGAACCGUUUCCAUAACCCCAAUUAUUCAUUGGAAGUGGCCUCCAAUUACUGGCCGGCGUUCGCCACGUCAUAUUUGAACUAUUGGAAAUACAAACUCGGUUUCACAGUGAGCAGCCCAUCUCUAGUUCGAAGUUCAACGUCUUCCUUCUUCCAGAUUCCCGAAAAGAUCCUGAACCACGUGGCGUUCCGUCUAUUCUUCGAGAAAACCGUCGGAUUCCCGAACAAGAAACUGCGACUGCUCCUGGAUUCUAAACCAGAAGUUUCGCAAGAAGACGCCUUCCUGAAGUACGCCAAUCCGAAGUCGUCGUACACAAUCGAGACGGUGAAGAGGUCGACUUUGCAAGGAUAA